GCUUUGCUCUUAGUGUAUUUCUAUCUGAUGAAUACUAUAAACACCUCCACUAGUGUCUCCUCAUUCAUGCUUAGAAUGGGCUAUUUAUUCUAUAUCCUACCACCACUUUUGCUAUUGCCACAAUCUACCUUACCAACUAUAUCUGAUACUUGUGCUCAAUCAAUGGUGGCCCACAUACUAGAUAUUGCCUAA